UAAUUUGUAGGAUUUCCUUCACACAGUGUAAGCCGUAGUAGGUCAUGUAAACUAAGUACGUAGCUAGCUAGUUACAGUGAGUUAGAACGCAAGAAGGUGCUAGAUCCUCCAGAAGACUGCUAUCCAUCGCUACCGCUAUUAGCUACAUUGAGACUACCGCCACGUCUCGACAAGACUCUUGUCUGCCCACCCGGCUACUGAUCCUUUCAAUGGCUGCUGCAAAAAAACGUACUCUAUCGGGCAUCGAAGAUGUGGGAGACAGAAAAGCAAAGGUUAUUAAAGACAGCGGUGAGAAGAGACACAUCGCAGCCCUGAUCCUCGCGAGGGGAGGCAGUAAGGGGAUCCCCCUGAAGAAUAUCAAAGUUCUCGCCGGUGUCCCGCUCAUUGGAUGGGUUCUCAGAGCUGCAGUGGACUCCAAACAGUUUGACAGUGUGUGGGUAUCAACUGACCAUGAUGACAUUGAGAAGGUAGCCAAGGCAUGGGGAGCUCAGGUUCACCGCAGGAGCCCAGAGGUGUCCAAAGACUCCUCCAGCUCUCUCGACACCAUCCAGGAAUUUGUCCGAUUAAACCCAGAGGUGGAUGUGAUCUGUCACAUCCAGGCCACGUCUCCCUGCCUGCACCCCUUCCACCUGAAGGAGGCCCUGGAGAUGAUCACCAAGCAGGGCUUCACGUCCGUCUUCUCCGUGGUCCGACAACACCACUUCCGCUGGCAGGAGGUGAAGAAAGGAGGUAGUGUAGCCACCCAGUCUCUGAACUUAGACCCUUCUAACAGGCCCCGGAGACAGGACUGGGAUGGAGAGCUGUGUGAGAACGGAUCUUUCUACAUUUAUACCAGAGCGACGAUAGAGAGAGGCCUGCAGGGGGGGAGGUGGGCUUACUAUGAGAUGCUGCCAGAGUACAGUGUGGAUAUUGAUGUGGAUAUCGACUGGCCCGUGGCAGAACAGAGAGUACUGAGGUUUGGUUACUUUGGCCUGGACAAGCCUGAGGUGGUGCGUCUGCUGCUGUGUAAUGUCUCCGGCUGUCUGACUGACGGCCGCGUCCUCAUCUCUGUCUCUGGAGAGGAGAUGGUCUCAGUCAACACCAGAGAUACUAUGGGUAUCCGCAUGCUGCAGAGAGAGGGGGUGGAGGUGAUCCUGAUCUCGUCCAGUGAGGACCUUCUGACCAAGGCCCUGGCUGACAAUCUGUCCCAGAGGACAGGCUGCGAGGUCAGACAGCUGGGCAAGGACAUCCAGUGUGAAGUCAAAGCCAUGAUGGACGACAAGGAUCUGGACUGGAAGGAGGUCGCCUAUAUGGGUAAUGAUGCACCAGAUGUUGACUGUCUGAACCUGGCUGGGCUGAGUGCAGUACCCCGGGACGCUCCAGUGGUGGCGAUCAAUGCUGCUAAAUACUCCUGCCACAGUGCUGCAGGCCUGGGGGCUGUGAGGGAGUUUUCUGAACACAUCCUGCUGCUCAAGAAGAAGGCCAAGUCUCAGAUGGAACAGGACCGCAUCCACAGAAAUACAUUCUAAAUGCUAGAAUGUGUUCUAAAGUCACAGAGAUCCAUUCUAAACUCUAGAAUGUGUUCUAAAGUCACAGAGAUCCAUUCUAAACUCUAGAAUGUGUUCUAAAGUCACAGAGAUCCAUUCUAAACUCUAGAAUGUGUUCUAAAGUCACAAAGAUCCAUUCUAAACUCUAGAAUGUGUUCUAAAGUCACAGAGAUCCAUUCUAAACUCUAGAAUGUGUUCUAAAGUCACAAAGAUCCAUUCUAAACUCUAGAAUGUGUUCUAAAGUCACAAAGAUCCAUUCUAAACUCUAGAAUGUGUUCUAAAGUCAGAGAACCAUUCUAAACUCUAGAAUGUGUUCUAAAGCAGGCAUGGGCAAACGUUUUGGCUUGAGGGCCAAACAGAUUUUUGGGGGGAUUGAUUUGUUUGUCGAAAUCCUUUUCUUAAAAUCAGUUAUUUUAAAAUAUAUAGGUCCAUUAUAAUUUCUAUCUAGUUUUUGACAUUCAUGACCUGGAGUGUUUUCUUACACAGAAUAAUAAUUUCCUGCCAAGAAACAUUCUCAUUCUAAACUUCACAUGUAAACUGGAAGAGUUGCAUUCUCAAUUGCAUACUCCUCGCAUCCACUCUCCUUCUCUUCCCUCUGACCUUCUCCAAUGGUUUUUGAGAAGGAGACAAGGAGAGAGGACUUGAGGAAUAUGCAAUUGAGAACAUCCCCUUGUCAUUCAUUGUCAUGUAAAAAAAGGAGUUGACAAGAAAGCAGUAACAGACUGACACUCAGGAUAUUGCAUUCUAAUCUGCAUUCUAUCAAUCAGACAAACACUCUGCCUAAUGUUCUGUCCAGGCAUGAGUUCAAAGUGACAAUAAAUCUUAUUAUCAUCUCUCUACUUUCUCUGGGGUUCUAGAAAGAAGUAUAUUUACUCACUUUCAUGCACUUGCCUCAGGCUGAAAUAGUUUUUACAGGUUGUCAGGUCAGUGUAGUUUGGGUUUUAUAUCACUACAUGUUGUGUUGACAAAUACAGUAUGUACUUUUUAAAUUGUCUUUGUUUUAAUUAAAUGAAGUAUAUACACUGAGUGUUCAAAACAUUAUGAACACCUGCUCUCUCUGACAUACCGUCGUGGCCAAAAGUUCUGAGAAUGACACAAAUAUACAUUUUCACAAACUUUGCUGCUUCAGUGUCUUUGGAUAUUUUUGUCAGAUAUUACUAUGGAAUACUGAAGUAUAAUUACAAGCAUUUCAUAAGUGUCAAAGGCUUUUAUUGACAAUUACAUGAAGCUGAUGCAAAGAGUCAAUAUUUGCAGUGUUGGCCCUUCUUUUUCAAGACCUCUGCAAUCCGCCCUGGCAUGCUGUCAAUUAACUUCUGGGCCACAUCCUGACUGAUGGCAGCCCAUUCUUGCAUAUUCAAUGCUUGGAGUUUGUCAGAAUUUGUGGGUUUUUGUUUGUCCACCCACCUCUUGAGGAUUGACCACAAGUUCUCAAUGGGAUUAAGGUCUGGGGAGUUUCCUAGCCAUGGACCCAAAAUAUCAAUGUUUUGUUCCCCAAGCCACCUAGUUAUCACUUUUGCCUUAUGGCAAGGUGUUCCAUCAUGCUGGAAAAGGCAUUGUUCACCAAACUGUUCCUGGAUGGUUGGGAGAAGUUGCUCUCGGAGGAUGUGUUGGUACCAUUCUUUAUUCAUGGCUGUGUUCUUAGGCAAGAUUGUGAGUGAGCUCACUCUCUUGGCUGAGAAGCAACCCCACACAUGAAUGGUCUCAGGAUGCUUUACUGUUGGCAUGACACAGGACUGAUGGUAGCGUUCACCUUGUCUUUUCCGGACAAGCUUUUUUCCGGAUGCCCCAAACAAUCGGAAAGGGGAUUCAUCAGAGAAAAUGACUUUACCCCAGUCCUCAACAGUCCAAUCCCUGUACCGUUUGCAGAAUAUCAGUCUGUCCCUGAUGUAUUUCCUGGAGAGAAGUGGCUUCUUUGCUCCCCUUCUUGACACCAGGCCAUCCUCCAAAAGUAUUCUCCUUACUGUGCGUGCAGAUGCACUCACACCUGCCUGCUGCCAUUCCUGAGCAAGCUCUGUACUGGUGGUGCCCCGAUCCCGCCGCUGAAUCAACUUUAGGAGACGGUCCUGGCGCUUGCUGGACUUUCUUGGGCACCCUGAAGCCUUCUUCACAACAAUUGAACCGCUCUCCUUGAAGUUCUUAAUGAUCAGAUAAAUGGUUGAUUUAGGUGCAAUCUUACUGGCAGCAAUAUCCUUGCCUGUGAAGCUCUUUUUGUGUAAAGAAAUGAUGACGUCACGUGUUUCUUUCCAUGUAACCAUGGUUGACAGGAAGAACAAUGAUUCCAAACACCACCCUCCUUUUGAAGCUUCCAGUCUGUUAUUCAAACUCAAUCAGCAUGACACAGUGAUCUCCAGCCUUGUCCUCGUCAACACUCACACCUGUGUUAAAGAGGGAAGCACUGACAUGUCAGCUGGUACUUUUGUGGCAGGGAUGAAAAUCAGUGUAAAGUUUUUGGGGGAUUCAGUUCAUUUGCAUUGCAAAGAGGGACUUUGCAAUUAAUUGCAAUUCGUCUGAUCAAUCUUCAUAACAUUCUGGAGUAUAUGCAAAUUGACAUCAUACAAACUGAGGCAGCAGACUUUGUGAAAAUGUAUAUUUGUGUCAUUCUCAAAACUUUUGGCCACGACUGUAGACUGACCAGCUGAAAGCUAUGGUCCCUUAUUGAUGUCACUUGUUAAAUCCAUCAGUGUAGAUGAAGGGAAGAGAACAGGUUCAAAAGUUUUUAAGCCUUGAGACAUGGAUUGUGUGUGUGUGUGCCUUUCAGAGGGUGAAUGGGUAAGAUCAAAUAUUUAAGUGCCCUUGAACAGGCUCUGGUAGUAGCUGCCAGAAGUACCGGUUGGUACUAAGAACUGCAACGCUGCUGGGUUUUUCACACUCAACCGUUUCCUGUGUGGUACAAGAAUGGUCCAUGAACACAACUGUGGGAAGCAUUGGAGUCAAAAUGGGCCAGCAUCCCUGUAGAACGCCUUUGACUCCUUGUAGAGUCCAUGUCCUGAUGAAUUGAUGGU